GGGUUUGUGUUGGGUGCCUUGGGGUGUCGGUCGUGGUGUGUCGGUUCUCCGAUGGAGGAAUUCUCCGGCGAGCUGAAGCGGGCGGGGCUGCAGAAGGAGACCCUCUUCAGGGCGUACGAGCAGGCGCAGUCCCAGGCGUCCUCGGUCCUCGUGUUCACGCUCCAGUGGCAGGACCUGGAGGAGCGGUUCGACGGCAUCCGGGCGUCCCUCGAGCGCCGCGCCGAGGAGCUCCGCGAGGGCGAGAGGUCGCUCGCGGAGCGGGAGGACGGGCUGCGGUCGGCGCGGCGGAGGGCCGAGGAGCGCGAGGAGGAGGAGGCCCGGAGGAAGGAGGCGGGCCUGAGGGCGGUGGAGGAGCGGCUCGAGGAGUGCAGGGAUGAGCGUAGGAAGGAGGAGAGUGAACUGGCUCUGAAGCGAGGCGCGCUUGGCGAGUGUGACUCGCUGAUCAGGGACAAGGAGGAGGAGCUGCGAUCUCUGAUACAGGCCGCUGAGGAAUGUCGCGGGGAUUGUGAUUUGAAGAAGGAGGAAAUGGAGGUGCUGCGACAGGAAUUGGACUUGAAGGAGAAGAAAGUUGGGUCAGUCGAGUCAAAAUUGGAAGAGGUUUCCAAGUCUCUUGAGUUGAAAAGUAGGGAAUUGGAUUCUGUCCAAUCAUCCAUCGAUGACCACAAUCUGGAACUUGCAUCGAAAAAGAGAGAGCUAGAGUCCAUCCAAAUUAAUAUUACACAAUGUGCAGAGCAACUUCGAUUGAAAGAGCAAGAGUAUGUGUCCAAAAAGAAGCAAUGUGAUUCGAUGCAAAAAUCCAUCACAGAAUGCUCUCAAGACCUUGAAUUUAAAACGAGGCAGUUGGAUUCCAUUCAGUGGAGGAGCAGAGAAUGCUUGGCAGAUCUUGAACGUAAAGAAGAGCAACUUUAUAUGCUUAACAUGUCGAUUGGAGAAUGCUCUCGGAUAUUUGAGAUGCAAAAGGAAGAAUGUGAUGUGCAAUGUAUGGAGCUCGAAUUGGGCCGGCAACGGCUUUAUUCGAUUGGAAAGUCAAUUGAGGGGUGCUCUAGGGAAAUGGAGUCGAGAGAGAGGAUUAGAGUCCAUUCUGGAGUAAUGGCUCAAAAUUGGAAACGCCCAUUAACAAAUGGAUCUGUUCUGGCUUCACGUCUAAAUUCUCAACCCACAUUUGCUUUUGAUGGAAAGGAUCUGCAGAUGUUCCUCUAUCGACAUUUUCAGGAGCGCGAUAGAGUGUGUCACGAGGUGCUGGAAAUUAUUGAAAAAUCUGCUGACGCUGCAAAGUUGGUCUUAGAUGCUAUGGAGGGAUUUUACCCCCAGAAUUCAGGGAACAGAGAUGGGUUAACAGAUAUUGGGGUGAUUAGAAGGAGCUGUAUCUUCCUCUUGGAGAUUUUAAUGCAGUUUUCAGCGAAGAUGAAGCCUCAGCAGAGGGUAGCUGCGAUGAAACUGGCUGUUGAAUGGAAGGGGAAGCUGAAACUUUCACCAUCACCAUCACCGGAGCAUCAUUUGGAAGUCUUGGGUUUUCUGAAUCUUUUAGAGGCAUAUCAGCUAGCUUCUGCCUUCAAUGCAAAUGAAAUUCAAGAUCUUGCCAAUUUUGUGUCACAGUUUCAGAAAGCACAGGAAUUGCACCAGGACCUUGGUUCUUCAGCAGUGCGACCUGUUAAGCGGAGGCGCAACUAUUGACUUGAAAUGUUGAAUCUGAUGCCGCACCAAUUAUUGAUUUGAUCCAAUGGAAAAUCGAGGGGAUGAUAAUGCCUACUUUCUGCUUUAGGUUUAAUGUUUCACCAAAUCACAUUUAAAAUCAUUGACUGGACACUUGUUUAUUUAUAUUUAAUAAAUUUUAAGUGUCUGAUCUGUAACUUAAUACAAAUUCCCUUUUAAAUUUAUAGUUAAAUUUCACCUUUAAAAUCAUUCACCCAUUGUGCUGUGCACAAUGCAGAUGGUUCUUUUGUUGUUAAUCCACCACUACCAACUGUCUCAGCUAGAAAAGAUUCUUAGCUUUUUCAAACCGAGCUUUUGAAUGAGAAUGCUAUGAUAUGUAAAGAAAUCUCACAUACACUACAAAACUCAUCCGACCCUGCAAAACUUAUUCCGGAUGUUUUUGCGGGGUCUCAUACUCAAUACUCGAACAGUAAGGAUAUGAAAUUGGAGACGGACGUUUUGAGGAGUGAAAUUGUUCUGUUAGAGCAGCUAGUGAGAAUUUCGCCUUUAAUAACUCAUGAGGUUAAAGAAGGAGCAAUGAAGCAGGCGAGAGAAUGGAAAGCGAAACUGUCAGAUAAAUCCAAGAUCGCUUCAGAGGUUUUGGCAUUUCAGUAUUUCUUGGCAGCAUGCAAUUUCGUUUCUUUGUCAAAUGACAGUGAGAUUCUGAAACUAGCAGAAAUUGUUUCACUGGGCAAUGCUGCUCUUCUAUCGGGCCAAAACUUUCGCAGAUAUGGACCUUUUCAUUGAGAUCAUAUUAUGUUGCUCUUUGCUGCCGGGUUAUGUUAACCGAUCUACUUGUUUGUUGUGUGCAAUAUAUUUAUCAUGCAUCCACAUGUUUGCUGCAUGGUGAAGAGAUGGAUCAUUGGGGAAAAUUGGUCAAUGAU